UAAAAUCCACGGCGUUUCUUUUUUUCAUUGAAUUUAAAUUAAAUAAGUUUUCUAAAAGAAAAAAAAAUCUAUACAAAAAAAUGACUAAAUUCCUAGAUUAUUAUAAUUUGUGUCCCAUACAUGAUACCAAAGAAUUUCUCGGUCUAUCACCCGAUGUUGAUAGUGGCAAUAUAAUUGCAACACUUGGUCGUAAUAUAGCCAUUGUUAUAAAAAUAUCAACACAAAAACAAAUACGAAGUUGGUCAAUGUUGGAAAAACUUACCUGCAAAGUUGUCUACGAUCACAAGUCCCAACAAUAUGUCGGAGUCAUAGCUAAUCGAUUUGUUAGGCUAUGGGACGAAAAUGUUAGUGAUAUCAACAAGUGUAAGAAACUUAAGUUUCAUAAGAAUAUUGCCGACUUAAUUUACACUUCCGAUGAAGCUGUUGUCCUUUAUACCGAUGGAACUUGUGAAUCUCUAUCAUCGGCCAUACAAACUAGAAAAGAACAAGCUGUUGAAAAUCUUCAACUGGAUAUGCUUUCAACAGUUCCAUUAAUUGAUCCGAAAAUCUAUGAAAUCCCCGGUGAGAGGAAGUUUUUAACUUUUUACCAAAAAGAUGAAUUGAAACCCUUGGAAUUGGUAGUAGUCAAAAUAGACUCGGCUACAAUGAAGCCAGUUAAAGAGUCGUUAAGAUUGGUUCUUUCUCGGCCUGGACAAGAUGCUACCGUUUCUGGAUGUGCCAUAAUUGAGACAGAAGUUUCAACAUCUUUGUUUACAAUUUGGUCCGAUGGGAGAGUAUUUUUGAAAAAUCUCAAACAAAAAAGCAAGUCUGUGGGUCAAUUUGUGUCCAUGUUCGAUGACCUCAAACUCGAUACCCCGCUUACGAUUCUUGGAGUAUCUAAAAACUGUGUAGCCAUUUAUGGUGCCAACAGCACCCAGGAAGGUGGCUCCCUAAUCCUCUACAACACUCAAUUCAAAGUCAUCAAAUCUAAGCAAUUUUUCAAAAUCUAUUUCAACUAUUCCCGUUUGUGGUUGGUUGAGUCGAGUAUACUCUUGGCAAUGGGACAGAAUCUAUCUGUCGUCUCAUAUCAAACAAGCAAAGAAACCCUUUCGGAUUUGGUUGGAUCACAAAUAUCCAAUGACUUUUCUAAAAAUGUUGCCCUCGAGUUUAUCAAUGAGGAAGAAGAACUUGAAGAUCAUCUUUGUUUGGCUGAGAUACAAAAGCCAUUAUCAAUUCAACCUACAAAAAUAAAAACAAUCAUUAACAAAUCAAAAGAACCGUCUGAGUUUGCAAAUGGUAUGGAAAUUGCUUUCCAGGAUGAUGCUGAAUUCAUGAAAGAACUAAAUCGACUAAACAAUCGAAAUGUUCAUGUUGAACUGAUGCAAAUAGAAUCCGGUUGUGAUGGUCUUGAUAUCAAUCUAAUGGCCAAUUAUGGGGAUUUGGGAUUUGUCAGAGAAGAAGUACAAAUAAUAGCCACACAACUGGAGCAGUGUGGUGCAAGUGAACACGAAAUAACCGAGAAACUGUUGUCCGUGCUUAUCAAAGCCGAUUUGGUGGAAGAUAUUGCUGUGUGUCUUCGAAGGUACACCAAUAUAUCGGAGAGAAUUUUAGUUCAAACUCUUAAAUAUGUUCUACAGGACUUUAAAGUACCAUCACCAACGAAUGAAGAAGAGCAGUCUUCUGGAAAGACACUAACUAAUGGUGAUCAUAAUAAUAUGGAAGUUGAUAUUCCUGCUGACCAUAAUGACAAAGACACAGAAUUCCCCAUAAUUGAUCUGCUGGCGAAAAAAACCUACGAACCGAAAAAAGUAAAAAAUCGACAAGAUUUGAUGAAUAUUAUUUUAUCUUGUUCCUUUGAUGUUCGAAUUAUUUGUACAUAUGUUUCCCAAAUUAUCGAUUAUGACGAAACUUUAAAAAUGUUGGAAUACCUUUAUACACUAAUUACUAGCGAGGAACAAAUUCUAGAAGAUAGACCCGACUGUCCGGUUAUGAUUGAUGAAGAUAUGCGAAUUCUAAGAUGGUUUGAAGUAUUUUUGAGUACUCACUUUCAAAAAAUGACCCUCUCCAAAGAUCAGCGAUUGUGUGAGCUAUUAAUUAAAUGGAAUGAAAUCUUUCUUAAAUAUAAACAACAAAUAUUUGAAUUGGAAAAUGUUGCAGCGCUAAUGUAUAAUAUUGUAAAGAAGAAACAUAUUUGCAAAGAGAAAAACUAUUCAAAAUGGUAUUCAAUUGAGAGAGUUCGAUUGUAUUGACCAACUGACCUGCUGCACCAUUAUUUAGGUUUUAAGUAGUUUUAAUUUUAAAUAUAUGUAAAAUUGUUAUUUAAUAAGAGAGUAAAAGAGAAUGAUGCGAAAUCAUUGGAAGUCAUUUUUAA